CGUGCGAAGCAUUGAUAGGACCAGGUUUCAGCCCGCACAUUCCAGUCUGGUCGAGGACUGGUAGGCGAUAUGGUAGCUGGUGGCAAAGGUGUGCCUGUAAAAACCGCAGUGGAAUAUCUAUACCCUAGUAAUCUCCAACAUAUGUGUCACAGUUUAAUAACUUUAAGGCCGAUAUAGGACCCGUGAGUGUUCCAUCAAUUGGGUUGUGCACUAUUCAUGACAUCGUGGAUAUCAUUACUAACGGCGUGGAGGAAAUGGGACCCCUUAACACUGAGCAGGUCUGCUACUAUAAACUAAAGUGUAUGGUCAUUGACUCAACAAAGAUGCAAAAGUACACCAAAGUGCAUGUUGAUGAGAGUGAGCCAACUGGAGUGGAUGAGUCCCCGUUUGAAAAACGUGACGUUCACGUGAAGACCUCGCGUUGGGUGACUCAAGAUUAUGACAUCACAGACCUGCUGCUUGGAAGGGGCAAAUUCGGAGAAGUGAAGAAAUGUCGAGAAAAGCGAACGGGACGCAACCUAGCGGCGAAGUUUAUCGAGAUAGAGGGUCCACAAGAGCGGAAGGAUGUAAUGAAUGAAUUCGACAUAAUGAAGUCUUUACAACACCCACGAUUGCUACAACUUUAUGACGCGUUCGAGAACAAAAACAAAUUCUGCCUCGUCACAGAACUAAUAUCCGGGGGAGAACUGUUUGAACGUGUAAUAAACGACGAUUUCAUAUUGACGGAAAAAGCUUGCGUUAUGUUCAUGCGACAGAUUUGUGAAGGGGUGGAAUUUAUGCACGCGCGAAACGUUCUCCAUCUGGAUAUGAAGCCGGAAAAUAUCCUUUGUCUAACAAGAGAGGGAAACAGAAUCAAGAUAAUUGACUUUGGACUAGCCAGAGCCUGUACCCCGAAAGAUGAACUUAGGAUUCUCUUUGGAACCCCAGAAUUCAUGGCACCGGAAGUGGUGAACUAUGACCCCGUGUCUCCCGCCACUGACAUGUGGAGUGUGGGCGUUAUAUGCUAUGUGUUGCUGUCUGGACUUUCACCAUUCAUGGGGGAGGCGGAGGCGGAAACACUUGUCAAUGUAACGUAUGCGAAGUGGGAUUUCACGGCGGAGGAAUUUGAAAGUAUUUCUAUGGACGCCAAAGAUUUCAUCACUCAUCUUCUAGUUAAGGAUCCAAAGAAACGCAUGUCUUCCAAGGAGUGUAUGGAACAUCGCUGGCUUCGGCGAUCAGUAAAACGAGAAGCCACCGUCGAAAGAUCGCUGUCGAAAAAACGUUUGAGGAAGUUUGUUUUCCGGCGGAAGUGGCAGCCAGGUUAUGAUACAGAAAGCGGUGAAUGCGAUGUUGGCUCUGAAGAGAAUGGGUGUCAAUCUAACAUAGGCACCAACACGGCACGGUGAUCAUUAUUGUUAUAAAGCAUGGAGCUACUGAAGUUAGGAUAUUUGGACUUUCACACAUUCACAGACGGAGAAGGAUGCCUGGUCUUUCUUUAAUAAUAUGCCACUCGCUUGCAUAACUUACUUAAAAAACAUUAUCGGAAUGGUGUGGGAGAGGCGAAGUCCUUAGCGUGAACAGGAGUUUGCAUUCCUGCUAUGAAGUCACAAAAGUCGAUCUGCAACAAAGACAUUAUGUUCUGUGCUUUGUUAGGUCUGUAGUUUAAACAGAUGUGUAUUUGCUUCAUCGACGUAGCAGGUUAGAGAUAUGAUGACUUCCGCUGAAGCAAUCUCCUGACACGCUGAUAAGCUAACAUUUAACACUCAUUUUCUGUUUCAUUAUAUGACAUUGACAAAUUUAUAUUCGAAGUCGUACGUGUAUUGUAAAGUGGUGUUAUGUUAGUGUGUUCCCAAUUUCAACAUGUGUAGUGUUUAUCAUUUCGAAUUGUCAUUUAUUAUAUUUCUUUGUCCAUUUGCUUUUGAUCUUAUCAACAGACUGUUUCAAUACUUUAUGUUUACUUUCUUCCAGACAGGAAAAUAUUUUUCACGUAUUCCACAUUCCGUUCGUUCUAUGUUGUUCCGGAAUGCAACUCAACGAUAAGGUUCAAGGACGAAGUGUCUUGAUAUGUAAUUUCGAAAAUAAAAGCUACUUCCUUAGAAUAAGUGGAAUUUUUUAGUAAAACCUACAAUGACGUAACUCCUACUACAUAUAUGAAAUCUGGUAUAUCCAGUGUUUGAUUCAAAAUGUAUCUUCCUCUUUGAGGUUCUGUUCACAAACAUCUGCAAUAUUCUCUCUCCAUCCCAUAUUUAUAAGAAUCCAUCAAAUGUAGAGCCCAGGUUCUCUUCCCAUUUAUACCCAAAUUACCGGUGUUACUAACGCAUACUAGACCCACCCACCUCACACUACUUACGCUUUUCCAAGUUAUAUCCCCUCACCAUGCCACUAAUAGUAUUCAUAGAAUAUAGCAGAAGCGUGAACGAGAUAUUCGUGGGAAUUUUGUAAAAUUAAAUAAAAAUCUAAAAAUCUGGAAGAUCUUCACAUUAGUCCCUUUUUGGAAAAAGAUUGAAUUAAUAAAUUUGCUUAAUGAUUUAUUAUGUGUAAAUUAUUAUUUAAUUAGUGACGUAGGUUAUAUGUACUGCAUAAAAUGAAAAAUACUUAUAUUUUGUCUGACGAAAGUGGAUUACCUUCUUGAUUGCGAUUUUAUCUACGUAAUUUAUAGAUAGAUAUAUACUGGCUCAAUGGAUAAAAGUAAAUCAUGCUAACAAAAUCGCACAAUUUUGCCACAGUGUACGAGAGUAAGUGUCGAGAGUAAAUGGUGGUGUUUGGGAUGGGUUAAUUAUUGUAAUAAACAUUGGUAAUGUGGAGCAGAUUAUAAUCAUACACAUAUUUAUAUAUAUAUAUAUAUAUAUUGUCUAUGUGGCUGUAUCAUCAUUUUAUUGAUUCCGCAUGCAAUACAGAAUAGCUACGAGAGUUUGUUACUAUUUAUCGGUAGAACAAAGCUUGUAUAUACAAACAUGAAGACCUAAUCUUGUAAUUUUUUUUAUCUGUAGUUUGCUGAUAUUUUGUGUACAUAAUUGUUUGAGAACUAACCAUCAUGUAUUCGUUUGUAAUGUUUUUAUCUCGGAUUAAACGUGUAUGAUUUAUAAUUGAUAUCAGUUAGUGGACAAGUCAUGCUUGAACUCACCGUCGAUGUUAAUGAUGCUACGUCGCCGACUCGCCGACAGUGUUAACACUGUUCUCAAAUGGAACCAUGAUAUAAAAUAUAUCUAAUAGCAUCUACAAAAAACAACAAAAACAACAACAACAACAACAACAAUCGUACAAACAUAUAGCGUCAAACCUUUGGAUAUCGGUACCAACGCUUAGUAUGUAACUUUUGGAAUUGUAAAGAUAUAAAAGUAUAUUUUUGUUUUCAAUAUUCAAUGCUAAGUUUUAUAAUGACUCUUUGUCGGAGACGUAAUGUCUGUGUUUUGGGGAAGAUAUAUGUAUACUUAUAUAUAACAAAAGCAAUUUGGUAGGCCUGUAUCAUCACUUAAUUAAUUUAAUGCAUUAAGUAGACCCAGAUAAUAACUCAACAUAUUAAGACAACUAUGAGCAGUAUUACAUGUAUAUAACAAUAUACGUUACGAGUGCUGCAUAACAUGCAAUAUUCGUGGAUGUUUUUUUAGCGAGUACAUUUUUUCGUGGUUUACAGCUUUUUAUAUUGUAUCUGGUGAAGCCUAUUGUGGAUUACAAAAAUGAAACGAAGAGGAAGAAAACAAUCUUAACUAAAUUUGUAAUAAUUUUCUUGAUAACUGAAAGCCACGAUUUAUGUUAAACAAUUGUUGUUUGCCUAAGUAUGCAUUACAUUUUUUAUGUGUCAAUUUAUUUUAUAAGUUGCUUUUUACGAUUUUUUUCCAGAAUCAUCGUAAUUAAAAUAACUGGUCAUGUGUAUGACAUUCAUCAUUAUGAAAACAUACAACAUGUAUUCUAAACAAAUGUCACUUCAUAAUUUAUUUUACGGACAAUAUUCUUAACGCCAGUUAAAUAUUUGAUAGUUAAGCAUAAACGACCUCUAUAAUUAAACACAUAGUUGGAUCAAGCAUGCGUUUUGAAGUUGAUGUGUGGUCUAGAAUAGAGAAAGAUCUUUUCAAUAAAUUAAAUUAAGAAAUCUG